AGGCAGGGCAUGACCAAGCCUACCUGAACGCACGUUGUUUUUAUGAGGUACUUUUCAAGGUUUAUGAGGUACUAUUACUCCUUGUUGGACUAGCAUUUCAGAUCUAUUUGAAUCUGUGGGUUAUGGUAUAGCACUGUGAGAAAGCUUGACUUUAAGACCCGCCCUGACCUUCUAUACCUACGCUUGAGAUUCAUUAUAACGUGGGACACGAAGGCGGAACGGAAAGCAGUUUUUCCUCUCCUGCGUUAGAACAUUUUAUAUAAAUACAACGUGUGCAAGUUGGAGAGGGAAAGAAUUACAAAUUGGUCCCUUUCGUCUUCAUACGUCAUCGUGAAUGAAGCUGCAUCAUCUGAAUGCAGCCCAGGCGUCAGAAUGCGGGACUGUUCUGCCCUAAGCAAAUUUGUCAGAUCCUACUUGAAGCAGGCAAGCAGGGUCAAGGUCAAAAUAUGUUUCGCUUUGUGUGCAGCCGUGGUGACUGUUAUGAUUUUUUUCAGUCUCUGUGCUAUACGGGUUUUUCAAGAACUGUAUGCCAUGGGGAAAUGCCCAUUAAACUACAAUGAGAAGUUAAAGUCUCAGAAUGAGUUGGACAGCUCGCUGGAUCUCUGGUCCAGAGUAGAUGUUCAGACAUGCACAACGUGGGGAGCACCAAUUAUGUGGGAGGGGACUUUUGAUCCCGGAGUUUUCGACCGAUACCACAUAGAGAAGCGCACGUCUGUGGCACUGACUGUGUUCGCUAUUGGAAGAUAUUUGGAAGUUUACCUCAAGGAAUUCCUUAAAUCUGCUGAGCAGUACUUCAUGGUAGGGUUACCAGUGACAUACUACAUCUUCACAGACAUCCCAGAAUUUGUACCUAAGGUUAUGCUUAUGACGGAGCGGCACAUGAAGGUCAUUCAGGUCAAAAGGCAGAAACGCUGGCAGGACAUCUCCAUGCUGCGCAUGAAGACCAUUGCGGACUUCAUUGAGUCGCACAUCCAGCACUGGCACCAGUACAUCUUCUGUUUCGACGUGGAUCAGGUCUUCGUGGGUCGCUUCGGCUCGGAAGCUCUCGGAGAAACAGUGGGCCUGUUGCAUGCAUUUUACUACCGCAGUCAUGUCAAGGACUAUACCUAUGACCGGAACCCUGAAUCGGCAGCGUACAUGCUGACUGGGGACUUCUACUACCAUGCGGCCAUCUUUGGGGGAACGUGGCAAGGGGUGAAGAACAUAACCGAGUUCUGCCAUCAGGGCAUCAUGGAGGACAAAGAGAAAAACAUUGAGGCCUUGUGGCAUGACGAGAGUCACCUGAACAAGUACUUCUGGCUCCACAAGCCCAGCAAAGUGCUUUCCCCAGAGUACUGCUGGUCCACAAUCAUUGGGUUCCGCUUUGACAUCCGAGUUCAUCGUCUUCUUUGGGCAACAAAGUUCUACGACAUACUUAGAACUUAAGCAAAACCCCGAGCUAAGGACAAGAGAGUAUAACUAUUUGUAUUUCUUUGCAUACUGAACUUUUCGUGAGAUCUUGGUUUCAUAAUCUUGCAGAUUGUACCUUUAUGGUGUCCUAUCGUAGUGCUGUGCCUGCCACUUAGUCAUGGCGUUCUGAUCCACACUGCACUACUGUCUGCAUCACCUUGAGCCAAGAUAUGUUCUGUGUGAAACACUGCUCAAAACCUGCAUGUAUCAGCCGUUCACCAUUUUCCAUAGACCUUAAAUGUGAUUUGCACAGUAUACUUUGUUUACAUGACGAGAAUCUCUCCAGUCUGGCACUGUAUUUAAUAACAGGAGAGGCAUCUCCUGAAGGGGGCAGGAAUUAAAUGUGUCAGUUUAAAUGAUGAAAAUGGAUGUCUGAUUUAUGUAUUGUGAAUGUAUGGUUUCCAGUAAAAUUCAGUAAAAGUA